AACCCCUCGAGCCUCGAGGCCUCCGACGAUAGUAUAAAAUUUUCUGUUCAGAUUUAUAAUUUCUCUUUCUUUUGAUUAUAUAAUUAGGGUUUUCUAUUUUCCGCCCUGGCGAAGCUUCCAGACCAACCCAAACCCUAAUCCUCCUCCACUCCAGCCGACUCUCCUCCUCAGCUCAGCUCGCACAAGGCUUUCCCGCCCAAUCGCCCAUCAGUUUCUCCGACCGCCGCUCGAUUUUGUUCAUUUGUUAAAUGAAGGACAUGUUCUGAUCAGUUUCUUAGGAGCAAGCUUUGAGUUUCAGGAAACUUGAUGUUUCUGAUCUAGCAUGUCAAACAAUCUUCUGUCACCAUUGUUGCCAAUAUCAAGCAUGGAAAUGGGUCAGAUUGACCCCAUUUUGAAAGGUAUGGACUCAUCAAUGCCACAAUUUCAAAUGGUAGGGAUGAGUUCUGUAUCUAGUAACCCUGAGUCACACAACCUUUCAGUAUCAAGUCAGCAAAUGGAACUGAUGGUGGAUCCUGUACCUGACAAUCCUGGGUCACAUGGCUUAUCAAUGUCAUACUUCCAAAUAGGACACAGUGAUCGUGCAAAUGGGAAUUUUGGUUCACUGAAAAUUUCAACGCCUGGCAAUCAACUGGGAGAGAUUGUAUCAUUGCCUUAUAAUUUGGGAUCACAUCAGUUGUCAUCGACUAAGCGAAAGGCACCAUUGGAACCCAUGACUAAUAAUCCAGCGACGCCUCAGUUGUCAAUGCCAAACAAGCGUGUGGCAUAUAUGGAACAUAGACCAUGGUUGCAGCAAGCGCCUGUAUCAAACAGAAGAGCUGUAGAAAUGGGAUCUGUGCACAAACCUCCGGGAUCACCUCAUUUGCCAGCGCCAAAUAAGAAAAUGGUAAAGAUGGAUUCCAUGGAGUCUGUGCAGAAUGUGCCAGGGUCACCUCAUUCGCCGGUUCUGAAUAAGAAAAUGGUAAAGACGGAAUCCUUUUCUGGUAGGUCUGGGUCUCAGUGGUCUUCUAGUCAAAAGAAUCAAACACCGCGGAUACAACCAUCGAAGCUUCAAAAUGAAUCAUUUGAAUCUGUAAGAUCCAAGAUGAGAGAAUCGUUGGCGGCUGCAUUGGCAUUGGUUAAUCAGCAGAAAGAUAAAUGCGUGGAUUCAGGAAAGAAGGGGCAAACACAUGGGACUCCCCAGCCUGGCUCCCAUCCUGUUAAACCUGACUCUGAAGAGCCUAAGGGGAAUUCUCCUUCCAGCAAAACUUGUUCUAUUAGGAAAAGUAAAGAUGGAGAAGGUGCGGGCCAAACGAUUUUGGCUGAUGCAACUACAAAUGUUUCCACAUUGACCUCAAUAUGUGAUGGGAAUGAAUUCCAAUCAAAAGAUAUUUUUCCUCGUGUAAAUGUUUCAUUUGGUGACAACUUGUUUGUCAAAGAUGCACUUUUGCAGGGAAAUGGGCUGUCCUGGGUUUUGGAUUCUGAAAUGGAAAUGGAAGAAAGGAAAGAAAUUCAACCUGCUGAAGAACAGAUGAUGGAUCUUGAGGAAUUGGGUGGACCCCCAGAUGAACAAGUAGUUCAGUCUCCAGAAGAGUUGGCCUUUAGAAUUGAAGCAGAACUAUUCAAACUAUUUGGAGGUGUGAAUAAGAAGUAUAAAGAGAAGGGAAGGUCCCUUUUGUUCAAUCUUAAAGAUCGUAAUAAUCCAGAUCUAAGAGAGAGAGUUAUGUCUGGAGAAAUAGCUCCAGGACAAUUAUGUUCUAUGACUGCGGAAGAACUUGCUUCGAAGGAACUUUCUGAAUGGCGGAUGGCAAAGGCUGAAGAACUAGCACAAAUGGUUGUUUUACCAGACUCGGAAGUUGAUAUGAGACGAUUAGUGAAAAAAACACACAAGGGUGAAGUUGAAGUUGAACAAUAUGAUAGUGCUUCAAUUGAUGUUCCAGUUGAUGCAACAUCACAUAAUCAUAGUGAACCAAGAAGCAAGGAGGUAGAAAUGUCUACCCCUUCGAAACCUAAUAAACUCAAGGACAAAGUAAAUGCUGCAGGUGAGAAGAGUAAUACAGAAGACAGAAGUGUCUACCCCUUUACUAUUCCUUCUACUGAAGCUACUGAUUUAAUGCAAGGCCUGAUGGUGGAUGACGGAUCGAAGGAUCUUCCUCCAAUUGUCUCCCUAGAUGAGUUCAUGGAAACCUUGGACACAGAGCCUCCAUUCGAGAUUCUCCCUGAGAAAGUUACACGCACCUCAGACAAGGAUGACUCUGAGACAGGCUCUGAGUCUCAGUCUUUGGUUCUAAGCCCCAAGGAUACCGUUAAUGCCUCCCCACUGAAGGUUGAUGAAAUUUGUAAAACAGAUACAACUUCAGAUACUGACUUGAAAACCAGUGGCAGUCCUCCUAUGAUCAAAAUUGACAGUUCCUCUGGGAUUAUAACUGACAGUCAUUCUGUGAUGAAAACUGGUGAUAGCGCAGAUACAAAAUCCCAUGACGUCAGUGCUGUUGUGAAAUCCAUUGGCAGUCCUGAAAAAUCAGUAUCUAGACUAGUUGUCACACCGAAGGGUGAACGUGUUUGGAGUGGCUCCCUGCAACUGAAUCUCUCACCCAUGGCCUCCGUUAUUGGGAUCUAUAAAAGCGGUGAAAAAGCCACGGCAAAAGAUUGGCCUGGUUGUCUUGAUAUCAAGGGAAGAGUCAGACUCGAUGCUUUUGAGAAGUUCCUGCAAGAGCUGCCACAAUCCCGAAGUCGUGCUGUCAUGGUCGUGCAUUUUGUUCCGGAUGAGGGGUCGUCGGAAUCGGAGUCCGCAAGCAUUUGUGAGGUGGCUGACUCUUACGUGACGGAUGAGAGAGUCGGUUUUUCUGAGCCGUGUUCGGAUGUGGAAAUUUAUUUUUGCCCUCCCCAUAAUAAAACCGUAGAUAUGCUCAGCAAGGUUAUUCAGACUGAACACGUUGAGGCACUUAACAGUGUUGAUAAUGGCCUUGUUGGUGUUAUUGUCUGGAGAAAAUUAACGUCGCAGAAAUCAUCUCACCACAAACACAUUUCGAAAAAGCAACAGUUUUCUACUACUAGUACUACUACUACAUCAUCUAGGAGACAGCACGAUACAAACUACACGUCUAAGAUGGCUCCGUCCCGAGCCUUACCUCCUAACCACACUACCCCUGCCCAUGAUGACGAUGAUGACGAUGAUGUUCCUCCCGGGUUUGGCCCUGGCGCUUCUCGGGAUGAAGAUGAUCUCCCUGAAUUCAAUUUCGCUGGUGGGUCGAAUCAGUUUUCUGCCCGAAGGCCCUCCUCUAGGGGGCCUGGAACGGCAGCGCAGCCCUUCUAUCCCAAGUCCCAUGCCCCUUCUCGCCCGGUAGAUCAAAUGAGAGAGCUGAUACAAAAAUAUGGUCAAAACAAUAGUAGUGGUAGUACAUUUCAUCAGGCAAGUAGGGUUUCGGUUCACCCGUGGAAUGACGAUGACGAUGAUGACGACAUACCGGAGUGGCAGCCUAAUGUACCUUCCCAACCCCAAACUCAUUACCAGCGUUUACAACCGAGGCUGCCGGUGAACGGCUCCCAGCAACAAAAGCUGAGACCCCGUAUCGGUUUAGCACACCAGCAGGAGUCCCUUCAGCCUAUGGCACCCAACUUACAAAACCCUAAUCUUCCUGUGCAACAAGGCUGGUGGGCUCCGCCACCACCGGCGCAGGGAGAUGGUCAGUUUUAUGGCGAACCAGAUAGAGGAAUGGCUGCUCAGCCGGGGAUAGCCUGGCGGCAAAAUGUUGCUAGAAGUAGAGAAUUUUGAUUUUAUUUUUUCCCUUUUCUUGUAAAUUAAAUCAUUUCCUUUGUAUCCAAACACAAAGGUGAGCUCUUAUGCUCACUAGUCGUGGUAGACAGACAAAGUAACCAUAAAGUAGGCAUUUUUAGCUGCACAACUUUUGUUUGACAUUGAAGUUAUUUGCUCCGUUAAGAC